CCGAAAUAUAAUAGGCAACCCUUGUACCACAAGUCAAACACACACUAUGUUAACAUUCACGCCACUAUCUGUUGGAUGUGUUCAUUCAAUUAUUACGAAAGCUUCUUAUCUGAUAGCGCUGGACAGUGGUAUGACGUACCACUUAGUUUAUUUCAGUAAUUAUUUAUUCGCUAUUGUUUGUUGAUAUUCAUAAGUGCAUAUUUUUCCAUCAAAGGCAGUUACCGUUUGCCUUUCACGAACGAAUAAUGGGUCAACGUCUUCGCAAGCGCAUUUCAAAUAUUUUACUCAGAGUAACAGUUGUGUCUUCCAUCUGCUUUGGGCUGCUACCAUUUUACUAUAAUAAACAACAACAACGAUUCGUCUCUUCAAAACCAUUAUUAAUUUAUAAAACUUGCAUAAAUGUGACAUUUUUCAUACUCAUGACAUUUCUUUUGUCGUUAUUUAUCGAAUUCGAUGACGCUUUUGGAGCUGGCGAUCCACUCGCAGAACUGUUAAAUCGCCUAACUAUAUACAUUAGCUUCGGUGAUGUACUAAUAACAUGGUGGAUUAAUUGGACCAGCCGUCAGCGACUGCAGCAGCUAUUCAAUGAGUUCGCUAGUAUUGAAAUCGAUUAUUUAUAUCGUUAUAAAUAUUUUACCGAUGAAUGUGCGACUUUCGAUUAUUAUGUGUUUUGGAAGGUUUUCGCGACCCUUUUACAAAACUUAUCGUUCUUCUACAGCACCACGGUAACUAAUAAUCACGGCUGGUUAUUCAUUAUAUUUAUGUUUCUCUUGGCCUUGCUUACGAAUAUAAUUUUUCACGUCUCAACCCACUUCUUUCUGGCCGUAUUGUUUACUUAUCGCUUUAUUUGGGUCUUGAAUCGGCGUUUGGCAAGUAUGGCCGGUAACGAAGUGUCAUCAAGUCGGCUGCGGGUUUUGAGCAUAGAAAUCGAUAACAUUGCUUACAUCUACACACGCUUGAUUCGGCUGUGCGCGCACUAUACACGCAUACAUCAAUACCAAUUGUUGCUCUUGUUCGGCUCGAUGACCCUUUGCAAUAUCGAAGUGCUAUUCUACGUGCGCCUGCUUUGGAGUGGCAAAGUGAAUGAGUUGAAUGCCUUCAAUGUUUUUGCGAUAUUGCAAAUAGUUGUUGUAAAUAUAUUGGACUUUUGGCUGACAAUAACAAUAUGUGAGCAGGCGUUGGUGACGUCCCAGAAAACGGUGGAAAUACUACGUGGUUUCAAUGAGAACCCCAAAUACUUGAUAGAUGUGGAGCGGAGCUUGGAAGGCUUUGCCAUCAUUUGUAGCAACACAAAGUUGCGGUUUAAUUUGUGCGGCUUGUUUGACAUCAAUCACUCGAGCGGUCUCAAUUUCCUGCUGACAAUGAUAUUAUACCUUAUAUAUUUAAUACAAUAUUAUCAUGAAAAUCUAUAGAAAUAAGGGAGUAACUGAAGAAAAGCAUGUUUAUGGAACUUCUCUUGGAAAAAUGGUAUUACAUUACAUGAUG